UCCAAAUCCUUCAAAACUAUUCCAAUUAUGUAUUAUAUAUAUAAAGAUAAUCACAAAGCGAGAGAAAGAGAAAUCAAAUAAAAAAAUCUUUAAGCAAGAAAAGAAAGAAAAUGCAGAUCUUCGUCAAAACCCUGACGGGGAAAACCAUAACCCUAGAGGUUGAAAGCAGCGACACCAUCGACAAUGUCAAAGCCAAAAUCCAGGACAAAGAAGGAAUACCGCCGGAUCAGCAGAGGCUGAUCUUCGCUGGGAAGCAACUAGAAGACGGUAGAACCCUUGCGGACUACAACAUCCAGAAAGAGUCCACUCUUCACUUGGUCUUGAGGCUUAGGGGUGGCACCAUGAUCAAGGUCAAGACUCUCACUGGCAAAGAAAUCGAGAUUGACAUCGAACCUACCGACACCAUUGAUCGCAUCAAGGAGCGUGUUGAGGAGAAAGAAGGCAUCCCUCCUGUUCAACAGAGGCUCAUCUACGCUGGAAAACAGCUAGCUGAUGACAAGACGGCAAAAGACUACAACAUCGAGGGAGGCUCUGUUCUGCAUCUGGUUCUUGCCCUUAGGGGUGGUUUUGGUCUUCUCUAGAAGUUACCUCUUUCUCUUUUCUCCAGAGUUUCUUUUCUAUGAUAAAAAAAAAAAAAAAAAAAAAAAGGUGAAUGCGAUUUGGGUUUGAUGCUUUGCUGUUUUAGUGGGUUUGGAAUCUAUGUACCAAUAAUCUGUUCAGUAUCGAUGAUACAUGAUUACAUAUAGUUUUUUCUUAAUUUGGAUUGGUUGUUUUUGAUGACUA